AUGUUUGUCUAUUCGACCCGUCCAUACACCUCGUACUCGGGUGCUUGCAAGGACAUCCCCGCCGCCGUCAUCGAGGGCAAGCGCCUGGUGCUGGUCCCCUUUGACGAGUCGGUCCCCGUCGAGGACUCGGUGCUGAUGCACCAAUACUCGUGUCUCGACGAGGAUCUUUAUGCCCUGAUGCCCUUUGAUGCUCCAGAGACCCACGACAUCUUCCGCAACACCCUCCUGCUCGAAAACUGGACCCACAACCCGACCCGGCUGCCCUUUGUCAUCCGCGACAGGGCCAACAACAGCGUCGUCGGUCUCAUAUGCUACCUGAGCCUGCAGGCUGCCUACAAAACCAUCGAGAUCGGCCAGAUCUGGACCGCUGGACCCUACCAGGGCCAGAAGGUGGCGCUGGAGGCCACCCACCUGCUGAUGCGAUAUGCCAUGGACCAAGGCUUCGUCCGGAUUGAGUGGAAGACCCACCACCUGAACGAGGCCAGCAAGGCCGCCGCCCUCAGCGCCGGCUUCAUCUACGAAGGCACCUUCCGAAAGCACAUGUUCUACAAGGGGCAGUUCAGACACACCUUCUACUACGCCAUCAUCGACGACGACUACGACAAAGUCAAGGCCAUCAUGGACGAAAAAUCCGCCCAGCUCCUCCCGUUGCAACGCCGCAACACCCGGGUCGCGUAG